CCUCAGCGUCCCCUCCCCUCCCCCGCCUUGCCCCCUCUUCCGCGGCGCGGACCCAAGUGUCCCCGGCGCCCAGCUUUUGAGCUCGCGCCCCCAGGCCGGCGGGGGGGGAGGGGAAGAGAGGGGACCUCGGGACCCCCGCCCCCCCCACCCGGCCGCCCCCGCCCGCUGGGAUCCGGAGAAGAUGUCUUCGCGGACGGCGCUGGCUCCGGGCAACGAUCGGAACUCGGACACGCAUGGCACCUUGGGCAGUGGCCGCUCCUCAGACAAAGGGCCAUCCUGGUCCAGCCGCUCCCUGGGUGCCCGGUGCCGGAACUCCAUCGCCUCUUGUCCCGAGGAGCAGCCCCAUGUAGGCAACUACCGCCUGCUGAGGACCAUUGGGAAGGGCAACUUUGCCAAAGUCAAGCUGGCUCGGCACAUCCUCACCGGCCGGGAGGUCGCCAUCAAGAUCAUCGAUAAAACCCAGCUAAACCCCAGCAGCCUACAGAAGCUGUUCCGAGAAGUCCGCAUUAUGAAGGGCCUAAACCACCCCAACAUCGUGAAGCUCUUCGAGGUGAUUGAGACCGAGAAGACGCUGUACCUGGUGAUGGAAUAUGCAAGUGCCGGAGAAGUGUUUGACUACCUCGUGUCGCACGGCCGCAUGAAGGAGAAGGAAGCUCGAGCCAAGUUCCGACAGAUUGUAUCGGCUGUGCACUAUUGUCACCAGAAAAACAUUGUACACAGGGACCUAAAGGCCGAGAACCUCUUGCUGGAUGCCGAGGCCAACAUCAAGAUCGCUGACUUUGGCUUCAGCAACGAGUUCACGCUGGGCUCCAAGCUGGACACAUUCUGCGGGAGCCCCCCGUACGCCGCCCCGGAGCUGUUCCAGGGGAAGAAGUACGACGGGCCAGAGGUGGACAUCUGGAGCCUCGGUGUCAUCCUGUACACCCUCGUCAGCGGCUCCCUGCCCUUUGAUGGGCACAACCUCAAGGAGCUGCGGGAGCGUGUCCUCAGAGGGAAGUACCGGGUCCCAUUCUACAUGUCCACUGACUGUGAGAGCAUCCUGCGGAGAUUUUUGGUGCUGAACCCAGCGAAACGCUGUACUCUCGAGCAAAUCAUGAAAGACAAAUGGAUCAACAUCGGAUAUGAGGGUGAGGAGUUGAAGCCAUACACAGAGCCCGAGGAGGACUUCGGGGACACGAAGCGAAUAGAGGUGAUGGUGGGCAUGGGCUACACGCGGGAAGAAAUCAAAGAGGCCUUGAGCAGCCAGAAGUACAAUGAAGUGACCGCCACCUACCUCCUGCUGGGCAGGAAGACCGAGGAGGGUGGGGACCGGGGCGCCCCGGGACUGGCCCUGGCACGGGUGCGGGUGCCCAGCGACACCACCAAUGGAGCAAGCUCCAGCAAAGGUGCCACCCACAGCAAAGGGCAGCGGACUUCCUCCUCCACGUACCACCGCCAGCGUCGGCACAGUGACUUCUGUGGCCCGUCCCCCACACCCCUGCACCCCAAGCGCAGCCCGACCAGCACAGGGGAGACAGAGCUGAAGGAGGAGCGCCUGCCGGGCCGGAAGGCGAGCUGCAGCGCCACAGGGAGCGGGAGUCGAGGGCUGCCCCCCUCCAGCCCCAUGGUCAGCAGCGCCCACAACCCCAACAAGGCCGAGAUCCCAGAGCGGCGGAAGGACAGCAUGAGCACCCCUAACAAUCUCCCUCCCAGCAUGAUGACCCGCAGAAACACCUAUGUUUGCACAGAACGCCCGGGAGCUGAGCGCCCAUCGUUGUUGCCAAAUGGCAAAGAAAACAGCUCGGGCACCCCACGGGUGACCCCCGCCUCCCCUUCCAGUCACAGCCUGGCUCCCCCAUCGGGGGAGCGGAGCCGCCUGGCCCGCGGCUCCACCAUCCGCAGCACCUUCCACGGUGGCCAAGUCCGGGACCGGCGGGCAGGGGGCGGAAGUGUGCAGAACGGGCCCCCUGCCUCACCCACGCUGGCCCACGAGGCCGCACCCCUGCCCACCGGGCGGCCCCGCCCCACCACCAACCUCUUCACCAAGCUGACCUCCAAACUGACCCGAAGGGUAACCCUCGAUCCCUCUAAACGGCAGAACUCUAACCGCUGUGUCUCAGGCGCCUCUCUGCCCCAGGGAUCCAAGAUCAGGUCGCAGACGAACCUGAGAGAAUCGGGGGACCUGAGGUCACAAGGUGAGUGCACGUAUCUGCCCCUGCCUGCCAAUCAGCCCUUUCACCUGCCUCACACCCCACCUGCCUCAGCCUUUAGACAAUACCCGAACCCCUUGCUCCUCUUGCCCACUGCCUUGAUUUUCUCUUAUUUCCACCCUAUGUCAGACCACCUUCCGCUGACCAGCUUAACUUCAUCAGCAACUCAUCUACAGAUCAACCUCCUGGUCACUCCUCUCCGUUUUACUUCCCACCUCUUUUCCCCUCAUUCAAUAAUGGCAAACAGUUGCCGGCAGCUCUGGGCCAGGGGGUAGCCAACAUGAUCUGUAUCGGGCCAGAUAGCAAAUCUUCUUAGGCUUUGUGGGCCAGAGCAUUUCUGUCAUGACCACUGAAUUCUGCCAUUGUAGUAAAAGCAGCCAUACCAAACCCACCACUGUCGAGUCAAUUCUGACUCAUAGCAACCCUGAGAGACAGAGUAGAGCUGCCCCAUAGUGUUUACAGUCAGAAUGCUCCUUAGAAGUAAGAAUGGUGAGACUUCGUCUCACAUACUUUGGACAUGUUGUCAGGAGGGAUCAAUCCCUGGAGAAGGACAUCAUGCUUGGUCAAGUGGAGGGUCAGUGAAAAAAAGGAAAACCCUCACACUGACAUAGUGGCUACAACAAUGGGCUUAAACAUAGCAACGAUUGUGAGAAUGGCACAAGACUGGGCAGUGUUUCAUUUUGUUGUACUUAGAUCUGCUUUAAGUUGGAACCAACUUGACGGCACCUAACAACAACAGUCUUUACAGAAGCAAACUCUCACAUCUUUCUCCUGCAGAGAGGCCGGUGGGUUCAAACCACUGACCUUUCGGUUAGCAGAAGAGUGUUUAACCACUGUGCCACCAGGGCCCCUCAAAAGCAAUCAUAAAAAAAACCCUAUUGCCAGCAAGCCAAUUCUCACUUAUGACAACCCUAUAGGACAGAGUAAAAGUGUCCCACAGGGUUUCCAAGGAGCGGCUGGUAGAUUCACACUGCCGACCUUUUGGGUAGCAGCUGAACAUUUAACCAGUGUGCGAUCAGGGCAAUAAGAAAACAAAUGGGCCUGGCAUGUUCCAAUAAAACUUUAUUGACAAAACCAGGCAUCCCUGUAGUUUGCGGAACCCUGCCCUAGGUUGACACUUUACCAGCUUAGAACAAAGUCCCUUCCCUGUAGUUCUAACAAAGUCCCAGGUCUGAUUCUCUUUGGCUGGGACUAGGUCACAUGCUUUUCCUUUAGCCAAUCCCUGUGGUCAGAGGAAUAGAAUACUCUGAUUGGUCAGACCUGGGUUAUAUGCUCAUCCUUGAACCAAUCACAGUGGUCAGGGAGGUGGAAUGCUCUCAUUGGCCAGAAGUGAGUCAUGUGCUCACCCUUAACAACAGAGGGGCCGUCAACCCCACCCCAACCAGAGAGACCAAGUCUGCAGUACUUCUUAAGACUCUUCUCCACACUUUAGCAGGACAUUUCUUUGUUGUGCAGUAGUACAACAAAUGCCAGUAGUGCGCCCAUCCCAAGACCUUGUGAUAAUCAAAAAUGUCCCCAGCACCAAAUUUAGAAACAGAAAUGAUUAUCAGACCCAUGUCCAACUUUCAACAAUGCUAUGAUUCUUAAUGAAAUGAAAAAAAAAAUCAUCGCUACUUAGCUAGUGAGCUGUGUUUUCCUUUUUUUGGAUGCUGGAUAGCCAUCUUUGUUUCCAAGGAUAGCACAUCACUUCUCAGUGGCGGCAGUCCAUUUUAAAUUCGUUUGACAGACGCUUAAUUUACAUACACUUUGAAACAGGCACCUGUGCCUUUUGUAUCCCAGGGUCCCUGCACUCAGGGAGCUUCCAAUCUAAGAUGUAGGCAAAUGUGAAACAACUAUACCAAGAGUCGAAUCCUGGAAAAAAGUGUGUAACUGUCUUGUUAGCAUCCAGCUGGGAAAUUUUUUUCGUUGUAUCUCAGUUGCUUUCAAAAUUAGCCAUUUUAAUAAAUAACAAAGAAAGGAAGCAGAUAAACAUAUAUAAUGGUAAGUUGUUGUUCCUUUUUUUUUUGUCUAAAUUUAUUUUGUUGUUCAGAAUAUGCACAGCAAAGCACACACCAGUUCAGCAGUUCCUGCACAUAUAAUUCGGUGACAUUAAUUACAUUCUCUGAGUUGUACAACCAUUCUCAGCCUCCUUUUUGAGUUGGUCCUCCCUCAUUAACAUAAACUCAGUGCCCCCUAAGGUAGCUAUCAAAUCUUUUGAGUUGCUGUUGUCAAAUUUAUUCCAUAUAAUGGUUCUUAAAAGAGCAUAAUGCUCAAAGCAGACCCUUUUGCUAGUUAAGCUAAACUACUGUUCAGUUUUAAGAUGAGUUUGGGGGAUAUUUUUGGCUUAAGGUUUAAAGAUUAUCUCAGGGCACCGGAAGAACUAGAUGGUGCCUGGCUAUCACCAAUGACAGCCCUGGCAGGGAACACAACAGAGAAUCCCUGAUGGAGCAGGAGAACGGUGGGAUGCAGACCUCAAACUCUUGUAAAAAGAACAGACUUAAUGGCCUGGCUGAGAUUGGAGUGACCCCAGAGGUCCUGGUCCCUAGACCCUGUGUUAGCCCAAAACCGGAACCAUCCCCAAAGCCAACUCUUCAGACAGGGAUUGGACUGGACUAGAAGACAGAAAAUGAUACUGGUGAGGAGUGAGCUUCCUGGCUCAAGGAGACACAUGAGACUAUGUGGGCAGCUCCUGUCUGGAGGUGAGAUGAGAAGGCAGAGGGGGACAGGAGCUGGCCGAAUGGACACGGGGAGUACAGGGUGGAGAGGAGGAGUAUGCUGUCUCAUUAGGAGAGCAACUAGGAGUAUAUAGCAAGGCGUGUAUAAAUUUUUGUAUGAGAGACUGACUUGAUUUGUAAACUUUCCUUUAAAGCACAAUAAAAAAAAGAAAAAAAGACUAUCUCAGGGCAAUAGUUUCAGGGGUUCAUCCACCCUCAAUAGCUCCAGAAAGUCUAGAGUCCCUGAGAAUUUGAAAUUCUGGUGAACUGUAUUUUCUUUUGCUCAAGCACUACGUUAAGCUCCUCUCUUCCUCCUCUUUACCUUGGUCAAGGGCAUUAACCCAUUAAAGCCUCAGUUCCCAAAUUAUGGGCCAAGGCAUCACAGAUGCCGUGGGAUUUCAGAUUCUCAAGGAGGAUAUGCUGAUACAUGACACCUGUCGGACACAGCAUAGCUCAGUUUCAGCAAAGCUGGAUGUACUGCAUCGCUUUUGAUGACAUCAUGGCUCUGAGGACCUGGCUUUAUUGGUGGUUGCUAUGCUAAAGGCAAGUGCUGUGUGAAAGUCAGUAUGGAGCGGGAAAUGAGGGUGCUGGUGUCCAGUCUGAUUCCAAGGUUUGAGAAGUGCAGUGCCCAGCAAGCAGACACAUGCCAUUAGUAAGUAAUUUUGAUUAUAUGAGAAUAAAAUAAAAGCUUUUGGUUUUGUCUAUCCAAAAAAAAAAAAAAAAAUGUCCCAGGGACUCUUAAUGUGGCUCACGGGCCGUGAGUUUUGUGAAUUUUGAUUGUAAUAUUAAAAAAAAAACUCGUUGCUAUCGAGUUAAUUCCAACUCAGCGACUUGUAGGACAGAGUCAGCUGCCCUACAGGGCUUCCAAGUCUGUGAUCUCUACGGAAGCAGACUGCCACAUCUUUCUCCCGUGGUGUGGCUGGUGGGUUUGAACCACCGACGUUUCCACGGUGCCACCAGGGCUCCAGUAUACACAAUACGAGGUAUACAAAGGUCCGUCACCACUUACCUCUUUGAAGGAAAAUCAGAAUGAGGAAGGCCACUUUGACUAGUGGUUAUAAAGUAUGCUGUUAUCCAUAGUAAAAUAGUAGUAGUAAUUUUCUUUUUAAAUUAAAAACAAGUCCCCAGAAAUUCCCACACACCACUUGGGACAGUACAGCUUCUAGUGAGAAGCCCUGAUCUACAGUGAGGUGGUUUCGUCUUCCAGGGGAAGAAUGGUAGCUCUUACCAGAAGAAGGGUGUAUCAGCUAGGAAACAAGUUUAGCUGCUGUAACAAAGAGGCCCCAAAAUACAGUGGUUUAAGUAUGGUAGGGAGGGCAGUGGUGGUUCAGUGGUAGAAUUCUUGCCUUCCAUGCAGGAGACCUGGGUUCGAUUCCAGGCCAAUGUAUCUCGUGUAGCCACCACCUACCUGUCAGUGGAGGCUUACAUGUUGCUAUGAUGCUGAACAGGUUUCAGUGGAGCUUCCAGACUAAGGUGGAGGAGGAAGAAAAACCUGGUGAUCUACUUCUGAAAAUCAGCCAGUGAAAGCUCUGUGGAACACAACGGUCUGAUCCGCAGCCAGUGGUGGACCUGGCGCAGGACCGGGCAGCACUUCAUGCCAUAGGGCAUAGGGUUGCCGUGAGGCAGGGGCCGGCUCAGUGGCAGCCAGCAACGACAGCAAAGUAAGAUAGGGAUCAACCCCUCACACGCCAUGUGCCCAGGCCCGUUCCACAUGGUCACUGGAAUAGCCAGGAUUCUUCCACCCUGUUCUCCAUCCCUUAGAGCCCCAUUGUCAUCUUGAUGGUUGAGUGAGUCUCAGGCUACAACCAGGCACCAGCUCAUGGGAGGUGGGGACAGGGUCCAGGGCGUGCAGUUUCCUUUUGAGGAGAUGCAGACGUUGUACAGAUCGCUUUCACUUGCCUCCCAGAAUUUAGAGACAAGGCCACACCCGAUCACUGGGGUGGCUGGGAAAUGUAGUCUCACUGGGCAGCUGUAUGUCCAGCUGAAACUCUGCCACCGGGGGGAAAAAGGGAGAAUGGACUUUGAGGGGAUACCUAGGAGUCUGACCCAGAGGGGGAAGAACUGUCUCCUCUGCCCUUGGCUCACUUCCAUUAUCAUUCCUGAUUUCCUGUCUCUUCUCAUCCCAGUUGCCAUCUACCUUGGGAUCAAGCGGAAACCGCCCCCCGGCUGCUCCGAUUCCCCUGGAGUGUGAAGCUGACCAGCUCGCGUCCUCCCGAGGC